CCCCAUAGCCACCUUUGGAGUGGAAAUCUCAGAAUCUGGAUUUUUCUUCCCGCUUUGUUUGGAAAUUUGGAACGUCCCGUAACACCUACAGGAUUUUACAGAUGUCAUAUUCUGGUAAACAUUCAUCUUUGCUCUCUGGAACCUGGACUCAUUUGAAAAUCCCCCCUCAUCAUCAGAAACACUGUGAGAUUGUUUUUUUAAUUUUAAUUUUGAUUUUUUGGAAUACUGGCUUUUAUUCUGUGAAGGCACUGUGAUUUCUUCUGGGAUCUCAUCUGAAAACCAAGACUGUAUUUAAAUAUUAGUCUUAACACUCAUAAGCCAUCCUUGACCUUUUUUUUUUCAGAACAUUGGCUCAUUUUCACAAAUUUAACAUAUUGUGAAUCUACACAUUUAUCUCGGAAACUUGGACACCAUUUCUUUAUUAACACAUUUUGUUGUUUCUUUUUUACCCCCAAUUUUACUAAUGGCUCAAUCGAGCUCUAACCCAAACCCAGAUCUGUCAAAUGGAGCCCUUGUACACAGCCCAGAAGGUGUUUGUUCAGACCUGGAUACCCACAGAAGAAGUGAGGAUGCAGAGGUAGAGGAUGAAGAUGAGGUGGAACUAGCAGAGGAGGUUGCGGAAGAUGUUUUGAUGAUUGCUGAAGCAGGACAAGCUGAAGAUGAAAGUAAAGAAUUGAACGAAUGGGAGAAAGGAGAAGUUAUACAAGAGAUCCUAUUACCAAAUGGAGAAAUAAGAGAGGGAGAGGCUGAAGUUGAAAGACCGGAGGACGAGGGGAAUGAAGGAAUGGGAGAGGGAGAGGGAGAGGGAGAUGUUGAUCAGGAAAUAGACAAUCAUACAGCAGAGGAAGAAUGUGAAGAUAGAAAGCUGAUGACUGAGAAUCUACAUCAUUCUCCAGUAUUGGCAGUGAAUGAAAGAGGGAACCAGCAGAUCUUAAACAGCAGUGGAGAUCACAGAGAAGAGAGAGAAACUGACGAAAACAAACAAGAGGAAAUAACGGCAAGCGCAGAAAUCGACAUAAGGCAGGAAAAUACGGAUGAAAGCACCAACGAUCAAGCACUCUGUGUUCAGCUUGGAAGCACUUCUGUAUGGGAGUUAGGAGUGGGUGCACAGUCAUGUACCGGUCAUCCAGAAAAAACAGAAACUGCUAAUUUGCUCCCUACUGCAAGCAUAACAGAGUUUCAUCUCAACAUAGAUGUGGCCCCUGUUUCUACUGGGAUAAAUGAACAGGUCAGCAUCCAAGGCGAUCUAUGCCAAACUUCAACGCUUGGCACUCAUGGCAAACCAGAUGAUAGAGUUACCACAGCUGAAGAGGUGGCCAGUCAAACCAGCCAGCUGGUUAAUGAGAGUCAAAAUGAAAUAAAAAAUAAUGAUGGAAACGAGCACUCACAAUCCAUGAAACAGGAGGCCAUUAAUGAUAAUCUUAUGUGGCAAAAUGAGGAAGUCCAGGAGAGUUUAAAUAAUGCAACAUGUUCUUCUGGUGAUGACUUCCCCAUAGGAGGUGGAACAAAUCAAAUAUCACAAGAACCAGAGCUGGUGACCCUAACUUCUGAAGAACAGUUAGAUGAUGACAUUAAAGAUACAAGGAUGAAAGAAAUCAACCAGAAAGAGCAAGCAGAAGAGCAAGUUGGUACCUGUACAGGGAUGGAGGGGGGAGGAAAUAGUUUAGAAAUGAAGGGGAGGAUAUGUAUUAAUGUUGCUGGAGAGUUAAUGGGUCAAGAAAAGCCCAGAAGCAGAAAUGAUCUAGAAAUGCAAGCAGAAAAAGUUGAUAAGCUUGAAAUCCAAGCUGUAGCAGUUCCUCCAGAACCAACAGGGCAGCUUGUAAUAGAGACGUGCACAGACACGCAGCACUAUGUGGAUUUGAACCAGGCAGAAGAAGCUUCUUUACUGGAGAAAGGGGAAGAGGUUAAACUUGACAAGGAAGGGGGAGAUGGCAAAUCAGAGGAGAAUGAAUUAGAUGGGGAAAGUGAUUUGCAAGAUCAUCCUUUGCAGCUCCUAAUAAAAGCAGAAACAAUUUCGGAAAACAACAUGAAAGAACACCCACAAAUAGAGACCUUUGUAGAAGAUGAGAAGGGAGAAAGUGCAGCGGAAGAAUCAAUGGAAGGAGAGGUGGAGAUGGGAGAAGAGCCAGUGACGGUUCUCGACGACGAGACUGAAAUGGCAGAGGAGACAAACUUAGAUGAAAAAAAUUCUUCCACCAUUACAAGCUGUUCUGAUGAUGCCAUCAACAAGACAGAAGAUGAAGAAUAUCAAAGGCGCCAAGGAGAGAAAUUUGAACUGGAGAACAAGGAGAAACAGAAGGAUAAAAAAGAAGAGGUAAAAAAAGAUGUGAAGCUAAAAACAAACAACAAAGAUGUAGAAUUAGAAAUAAAUGGAACCAUUAAAAGACUGAAGCAAACCAUGGAGAAUGGGUUCUUGUGUCCUGAGCCACAAGCUCUUAGGAAGGAUGGAUUGGGGAAAGUAAAAGUCUUGUCACCCAGGAGAAAAGAUAAUGACUGGAUUAAAGUAGAUCAACCAGAAGAGAAGACUGAACUAGAAGUGAAGGACUGGAGGAAAGAACUGAGGCAUGUCAAAAAAGAAUUUGGGGAAAAUGAGAGGGGAAGGAAAGAAUGGGCAAACAAAGAAGCUCCGGCAGCAGAGAUGAGUCCACCUAGGAAGGAGGACUGGAUGAAGGAGCUGAAGUCAGUUAUCAAAGUUGAAUCCCAGCCCAAAAAGAGAGAUGAACAGGUAAAGAAAAAGAGAGUGGUACUGCUGGAACACGGCCACUCAUACAUCCCUCAGCGUGAGGUGAUGACUGGAGAGAUGAGAGAGGAAGUCAAAUUGACCUCCAACAGGAGAGCAGAGAGCCCCCUGGCUCCUGUGCGCAGGAACAGUAAAACACUUGAGAACCAGGACUAUGAAAUUUCCCUCUAUGUUAAGGCAGGAAGUGACGGCGAGAGCAUCGGAAACUGUCCUUUCUCUCAGAGACUCUUUAUGAUCCUGUGGCUAAAAGGAGUCAUUUUUAAUGUCACCACAGUCGACCUCAAGCGGAAACCAGCUGACCUCCAGAAACUUGCUCCAGGAAUCAACCCUCCUUUCAUGACCUUUAAUGGGGAAGUCAAGGUCGAUGUCAACAAGAUAGAAGAGUUUUUGGAGGAGAAACUAACUCCACCUCGAUACCCCAGACUGGCUCCCAAACACCCCGAAGCUAACACAGCCGGCAUCGACAUCUUUGCCAAAUUCUCAUCUUACAUAAAAAACCCAAGAAAAGACACAAAUGACGCCUUACAAAAAGCUUUGUUGAAGUCCCUUCAGCGUCUGGAUGACUUCCUAAGGACUCCCCUGUCUGAAGAGAUUGAUGCUGAUGUCUUAGGAGAUGUGCCAGAGUCUACUAGGAGCUUCCUAGAUGGGUCUGAGCUCACCCUGGCUGACUGCAACCUGUUGCCUAAACUACACAUCCUAAAGGUUGUAGCUAAGAAAUAUAGAGGCUUUGAGAUUCCUGAAGAGAUGACAGGGGUGUGGCGGUAUUUGAACUGCGCCUUCCAGAGAGAGGAGUUCACCAGGACCUGCCCUGCUGAGAGGGAGAUUGAGUUUGCCUAUAUGAAUGUUGCAAAGCAAAUUAAAUAAAAAAAAAAAGUAAUAGGGGUGAAUAAAUAAUCAACCAACAGGUGUUUGACAAAUAGGCAAAAGAAAAUGUGUAAAGAUUUAAGAAACAAUCAAUAAGGAAAACUAAUAAAAAGGACAGACACCACAGUUUGUCUAAAAAAUCUAUAUAAAAGUACUGUAGAACAAAAACAACAGAUGAAGAGUGAAAGGGUGGUGACUAAAGUCUAAAGAGAGUUCCAGGAAAUAGUCUAGACUCAACUGAUAGCAAAACAUUUAUGAUCUGAUUGUAUCUCUGUGUAGGCGUGUCUGUGCACUCAUGGGUUGGACUGCAUCUUGACUGUCAGCAGUCAGAUCUACAGCGUUUUAGGGCCACAUUAAGAAAAAAAACAUUCAAUGGUGCAUUUUGAGAAUAAAGUCAAAAUUUUGAGAAAAACCUUGAAAUGCGGAGAUUAAAGUUGUCCUUUCAAGUCCAACAACUGCCAUGCCACAUCUGCUAUACUCUCCAGAAUUUCCGGUGUCAUGAGUUAGUGAAAUUAUACUUUAGAGUCAGUUUUAGUAACGAGAAAAUAAUUUCUCUUUUAGUACAUUAACAUGAUGUAGUGUAAGUAUGAGGACGUUAAAGAGAUGGUGCAGAAAGCUGAAGAACACACAAACUGGACAGAUGCAACUGAACCAUCGUGCAGUACAGAGGGGAUAUGUUGAAUCACAAAACACAAUGAGACAGCUGAUCAAGUUGUUUCAUCUACACAAGGCAGUGACUUGAAAUGACGACUGUAAUCUCAAAAUACUAUUUUGACUUUUUUUUCGAAAUUUUGACUUUGUCAGAAUGCACUAUUCAAUAUUUUUCCCUCAGUGUGGCCCUAAUACUCCUUCAUAGCUAUCCCUUCCUAGCAGUAAAAUCUUUAGGUAUCACGAAUCCCCUGAAAGUCAAAGUCCUAGAACACAUAAUAACCAGGUCUCAGUAGCUCUUAAUGAGGUCAUAUGAACCUCAGUGACUUUAUUCACCAUAUCAAUUCAAAAGCAAAUGGCUGAAUAAGAACCAGGAAUAAGAAACGCUAGAAUUAUAAUAAACAUAAGUGCGAUUGGCAUUAUUACAGUAAGAGCUAAGUCAUCUGAGAUUUUCAGCAGCUCUAUGGUACAUCUAUGGCAUUAAAUUGAACAUCCUAGGUGACAUCUUUCUCCAGUUAUCACAUUCACAAGAUUUUCAGAAAACUUUACCUUUGACCUUCAGGUCAAAGUCACCGAGAAUCAAACUCAUCUGAGAUUUUUAGUAGGUGCACCUAGGGUAAAUAUAUAGAUUAUACUACAGCAACAACCAUGGUGGUGCGGAAGACCCCCACCCUCCAUGACCAUAUCUAACAGCAUGCCCAACCAUGGGCUUGGGUCACAUAUACUGUAGACACACACACACACACACACACAGAAACAGAGGCAGUCUGUGAUCAUUAAAAACAGUUUGUAAGAAAUCAAAAUGAUCUUUUCAGCUUUAUUUUAAUUAAAGUUACACUGUUAAUGUUGCUAGUUUAGUACACUCUUAAAUUGCUUCCAAACAUGGCAAGAGCCUUAUUUUUGGUAAAUGGAGUUCUUAUAUAGUGCUUUUCUACUCUAAUUGAGCACUCAAAGCGCUUACACUUAUUUUUCCACUGCAAUAUUCCUUAAGUAUAAGCACAUGAAACACAAUGAUUCUACUGAGGUCAUGAAUUACUUAAUGAUAACGAUAAAUUCAAUGUAAAUGAAAACAUGAAGGAUCUGUCUGUUAGUCUGUCUUAUUAAAUCAGUUCAAUAAUUAUACUAAUGUGUGCUGAUGCAAUGAUACCAUUUAUUGUGAUUAUCUUUGAACUACUUAUUUUGUAUUUGAUGCAUCUGACUGGGUGGGUGUGGGCAGGCCUUGAUUCAGGUGGAUUUGUGUAAUGUAGAUAAGUUUUUGAUGGACACAUCACAGUUCACUUAAAGACAAUUAAUACUGUAUAAUAUAUCCAAAGUAUGCCGUGUUAUCUCUUUCAAUCUACUGCUCAACAUAGAUAAAGUGGAUUUGUUAUACAA